UAGCGGCUCGGAAAUUUGAUCUUAUUAGGUAUGAUUGAUAUUAAAUAAAAACUCUUCAAUUGUAUUUAUUAAUUUCAAUUCAAUAGAUGUUAAAGUUUCUCAGUGUAAUUAUUCAGGUGUAAAUUAUUUAAGCAAAAAACACUUCUCCAAGCGUUCUAGUAGGCGUUUUCGAUUGAAAUUUGGUAGAGUGGCACUAGUUUCUAUACUGCCUUGGAUACAUGUCCGUAUGUACUUUGAGAAGGAUAAAAGCGUCGGCUAAGUUAAUCAAAUGUAACUGUAUAUAGCUACCAGAAGUAGUAUAGUACUGCGUUGGCGGCGUGUUUACAUGGUAUUUCAUACUUUUCUCAGCGAUGGAAAGGAUGGACCAAUCACAGCCAAUCUGCUUUGACUGGAUAAGGAUUUUUGUAUUUAUAACGAUUUCCUGGGUUUUCAUUAGUAUAAUAGCUAUCACUACUUUUAAAUUAUUAGAUUUAAACGAGUGUCUUUAAAGUACAAAUGUUUCCAAUAAAAUAAAGAAAUAAAGAAACAAAUAUAAAGCCACUCCCGAUAACCGAGAAUUCGGCUUCAUGAGCCGUCAUGCGCCCCCUGGAGGAAAAAUAUGUUCCUACAUUAUUUUUUAUCGGAAUGUAUUGGUUGACUGAAACGUGUUUACGUACACGUCAGCAGGAAAUGUGAUCAGCUGCACCAACAUGUUCAGACAGGAUUCUCAGGGUGAAGUGCCAUUAUUCCAUGAGGAUGAAAAUGCAUCCAGUAAAUCAAACAUCAAACACCCCCUCACCUGUUUUUUUCAUCUUUUCUUCCGCACAAGUGCCAUUAUAUUCUACCUCUUCUGUGAGUUUCUAAGCCUAAGUUUCAUCGCCAACAUGGUCACCAUCAUUUUACUUCUGUCAUCUGACUUCUGGACCGUAAAGGAAGGCAGUAAAAGCAUCGUCUUAAGCUCAGAGUCAAAGAUUUUUUGGAUUGGUCUGAUCGUGUGUCCAGUGUUUUGGGUUUUCUUCAUGUUUAGCACACUUUUGGCCUUCAACAUAAAGACGCUGGCAGUUGUGAUCAUGGGAGUUGUCCUGCAGUGGGCCAACCUCUAUGGAUAUGUGCGAUGCAAAAUCGGUGGUGGAACCAAACUGAAGAACAUGGCGACAAACUACUUUGGUCUUCAGCUCUUUAAAAAGGUAGUAAACAAACCAGAGAGACCCUAAUUUGACUCGGCCUGGUCUAAUUUACUAGACGAUGAUUUUUUUUCUCUUUUGACUGCUAUGCUGCACUGUAAAAAAAAACAUCCUGUUGAUUUAACAAAACAAAAAACUGGCAGCUGUGGUUGUAUUUGGUUGUAAAACAGUUUUUUUUUUUUACAUGACCACGCUGGCACUGUAAAAAAAUACAAUACAAUUUAAUGUACAGUAAAAAAAAAAAAAACAUCAUAAACUUUAUUAAACUUCUGAAACUGUAAUUCUGCUUUUUACUUUAUACGAUAUUGUUAAUCACUGUAAAAAUGACAGAAGUGCACGUGAUAACAUGAGGUUCAUCAAUAGUGGAUCUUCCUGGUGCAAUGACCAAUAAACAUGUAGAGACACACAAACACUAAACAACAUCAAGAUAACACAUGUGAGAUUAAAAUAACGCAAUUAACAUUAACUAAACUACAUUAAAUAUAAAAAUAAAAAAAAAAGUACAUAACUGAUAUAAAAAAUAAGAUGAAACAUAACUAUAUGAUUGGUCAAAUUGUGGGUAACGCCAAUUAUUGUUUUUUACUGUAAUUUAAAAAAUAAUGUACUGUAAAAAGUACAUGUACUCUCUUGUUAAA